CAUUUGAAAUUUCCCCGGAAGUGCGGAGUCUAAUUGUGUCAUUUGAAGUCGACAAACGAGGCGAGCGAGUGUCGAGCGGAGUCGAACAAAAAAUCCGAGAAAUAUUCAACCAUCUCUUCUCGGUUCCCAAAAUAACGCGAGUGCAAGGGGAGCCGAAGUUUUUUUUGAUCGAAUCGGCGUCAUCUUUUUAGUUGAUUGCCCCCGGUGCGCUUUCUGUGAAACUUUAAUCGCCGAAAUCGCCGAAAUGUCGAAAAAAAACGUAAGGCUUGGCAAGAAAAUGGCCGGCUUUCAGGCUUUCGCGCAGCAAACAGGUCUUGAUCUGGACCCGGAACUGGACAUCCUAAUCCCCGGAUCGACCAACGAGAGAAACUCGCUGAUCUGCUGCCAGCACAUGCACAGUUUGAUGCAUUCAAUGAACUCGCUCUCAAACGCAAAGCUGCGAUAUGUUCCGAAUCUGCGGAACUUGGUGGUGCCGAAGAGCACAGAGCGUACGGUGCUGAUCCAGCUGUCCGUGAAGCAUUAUCCGCACGAUCCGGACGCCGCCAAAUUGCUGAAGGAGGAGAAGACUUGCCUGUGCUUCGAGCUGCCGGUCGAACGCUUUCCGGUGCACACGCCCAUCAGCAGGAUGAUCUUCCUGUCGCCGAAGCUACUGCCGCCGGGCAUCGAUGCUGGCGGUGUUUUCGGACCCGGGGUGCUGCCACGCAAGUUUUACCCCAUCGGGAUGCUGCCGUCGCAGCACAAGGGACCGACACCGGCACUGUUCGUCGGCCGUCGCGUCCUUAAGGAGAUCCUAAAGGGCCUGGCGACUGACCUCAUAUGUCCGCUCUCCACCACCGUGGGCAAGUCGUCGGCUGACACCCAACAGCGCCUAUCGCGCUGCAGAGUGGCGAUGGGCUUUGUGGGGGCCGAUCCCAACACAAUGGCUAUGAUGAAGAAAUACAUCGACAAUCCCGUUCCGACUCAGUACAACAUCUACGUGCCGGACCUGACCGACAUGAAAGUGGUAAUGGCCAAUGCCACUGACGCCAUGAUGCCAUACGCCAUGACGGUGAUCUCGACGGUGGUUCAGCCACAUGUCCCGAACGUAUCCCUGGACACCAUGAACGCUCCAGGGCCUAAAUUCAAGCUGCCCGCGGAGCUCUUUCCGCCGGAAAUCAUCGGCAGAAAGCCUGUGUUUAUACCCACCCGCUAUCUGCCAAAGAACUUCGAUGCCGGCUGUGUCUUUGCGCCCGGCGCACUGCCAUACUCUUGGUUCCAGGGAUUCCUGCUGCCCGAUACGGCACCAGUUCAGCACAGCUCCGUGAUGUCGCCGCCCCUGUUCUUCGGGCGCUGGAAGGCCAAGCUGAAGAAGCUCAACGGCAGUGCUAAGGUUCCGGUGCCGGUGCCUUCGGUCUCCAAUCCACCGAUCUCACGUCCUCCGAGAAGCGUCAACCCCGAGAAAGAGCUAAUGGAUCUAAUCUUCGGCUUGUAUGGCAACGAGAAGGAAAUCUCAGUGGGUGCCAUGACGAUCCGCCGGUUGGCACUAGAUCUGUUGACCAAAAAAAAGGUGCCAGCUGGUAUCAACGUGGAGGCGGCCGUCGAACAAUACCGCGCCAUUAUGCGCAGCCGUGCGGCCAAGCGCGAUAACCCGGCAACUCCACCUUCACCUCCACCUCCAACUCAGCCUCAGCCGCAGGGCGCCCAAGUUGGCCCAGCCGUCAUCCAGCUGCUGAAGAAGAUGUCAAAGCGUAAGAAGCCGUCCCGUGGAAACUGCACCCAUUGUGCAGUGCGCCAGUAACUCUACACAUCUGGAGACAUUGAAACACGGAUAUCCUUCAUUUAUACUUUUUUUUUAUUAUUUUUUUUCUAAAUUUUCUGCGUUUUGUUUGAAUUGAUUCCAUGAUUUUCGGUUUGUUUUGCUAAUCAGAAUGGAUACAUAUUUCGAGUUGCGUGCUGCUUGCGUGCUAUGUGCCAUCGAAUCCUGCGGGUUAUCCGCCAAGAUUAUAGGCCCAAACCGAACCGAAAAGUCUAGAUUUACGUAACUACUAAAAA